UGCACCUCGCGUCGCUGACAGCCCCCGUUUUUGUAUUCUUGCUUCUGCGCGGCGGGGCAAUAUUUAUUCAAGAGGUAGACCCGGCAGCUUGUCCCUUUUGCCUCCGCUGCUCACUUUUUCUCUACUAUUAUUUCCCUCAGCCUUUAUCCAUAUCCACAUCUCUGGGUGGCUACGUAUAUAUAAAUCAUGUCCGAGUAUCCACAGGCCUCCACCUACGCCAUGCCCGCGGCGCCAGAUGAGUAUACCUACGAGACUGCUAAUCAGCAGCAGGAGCAGCAGCAGCAGCAGGCAGGAAACAGCCAGGUGCCAGACCGGGCCACCCGUGUCAGCUACGUGAUGCCAUCGCCGCAAGAGGACGGGCCCGGCAAGCAGGACGAAGGGUCGCAGGUGCAGGCGCGGCUGUUCCGGCACACCUCGCUACUGCGCGACAAGAACCUGUCGUUCAAUGUAGCCAAGGACAUCGCGAGCCUGCCGCCGGUGCCCGAAAUCUUCGUCGAGAACUGCGUGCCGGUAUUCGAAGUCGGCUACUGGAUGAACUUUGGCGGGUUCAACUCGGUGCGGCAGCAGCACGAGCUGUACCGCGAGCACAUCACCAUGCUGUCGGUGUGGAAUCUGCCAGUCGAGUCGCCGUAUGGCGCGGAUAUCACGGCGUGCCUGAACCUCGGGUGGCCGGCAGUGACGCAUGUGUCGCUCGAGUACAGCACGUGGGAGCCGGAGCCGAACCGGUUCAGCAUCUCCUGGCACAAGAUCCUGUGCGAGUCGGACAUGUUCCCGAACCUUGUCGACUACCGCGUGUGGCAGAUGCUGCCGGCGCGGCUGGAGGUGUUUUCAAUCCACAAGCUCAAGACCGUGCAGGAGCGCAACCAGGCGACUGACAUCAUCGCGCAGGUGCCCGAGCUGCUGUCGCCGACGCCCGCCGUGCAGCAGUUCUACGAGCACCGGUGCCGGUACCUGGAGCACGUGGUGAUGUCGAUGGACUCGAUGAAUAAGGCCGAGACCUACACAAAGUACAAGUACCUGACGCUGGCGCUGGCCACGCCUGUGCUGGCGCCACGCACCCUGACAAUUGUCAACUGCCGCCUGAAGCACAUCCGGGCGAUUCUGAACUGCAUUGACCGGAAUGCAUUGGGGCUGCCAACCACCCAGCUGCAGUACUCGCCUGGCCGCCUGGAGCUCGGCAAAGGGCUGCAGCACCUGCACUUGAAGAUGGCGUCGCUGUACGACGAGCUGACGGGCUUGCCGAUUUCCGCCGCCCGCUUCCCCGACCUGACCAGUCUGAUCAUCGAGCACUCGCCGGCGCUGGACAACACGCUGCCGAUGGGCGAGAAGUUUGGCCAGCUGUGGGACUCGCGGUGGACUGCGCUCAAGCGCCUGCAGCUGCCGUUCUUCAGCGACCACCAUGCGCCACUACUGCUCAAGUUUAUGCCCAACCUGGAGAUCCUGGCCAUUCUGCCUGCGCCCGGAUUCGAGGCUGGCGAGGAGUACCCGGACGGCCUGAGCGCUGCGACCUUGGUCAAGCUGGCCACGCAGCUGCAGUCGCUGCGGCACUUUGAGGUGCGCUCGAUGCUGAGACUCAAGGGCAAGAAGCCGUAUGCGCUCGGCGACCAGAUUGCCCUGGCCAUGGCCAAGCCGCCCUUGGCUGCCCGCCCCGACCUCAAGCUGUUUGCUGUGCCGUGCAUCCAGAUGGACUUUGUGUCGGUGCUCAAGAUCCUGGCGUUUAUGCCGGGUGUCGAGCAGCUCGAGUUCCAGCUGCCUGACCAGUUUGCCUUGCCACCCAGCGCUGCUGGGGCAAAGAGCCCAGCUGCCGGUAAGCCCAACAACCUGCACAUCGACACGGGAAGGUUCAACCCGAACGUCGCCCACAACCUGGAGGGCAGCGGAUGGGAAGAGGAGAAGAAGAAGUUCAAGGAGGCGUUUGCCGGCAAGAACCACUCGUUGCUGUCGGCCACCAUUACUGGAUACCACCCGGAUUUGCACUCGGCCGACUUCACCGAGUUCCUGGGCCUGUUCCCGGAUCUCGAGGAGCUGGCGUUCCGCUCCAUCAACCGCGAGGACCACGACAACAUCGACCAGCUGGCCGGCGUUCUGACUGCGCUCAACCCGGAGCUGGUCGUCCGCAUCCUGUAACCGCGUCCCUGUCUUCUGUUAUGUGUAUCUAGCCUAAGCUCUCGUGCCCCACCUCCCCUUUCCAAGUC